AUGGACAAGAUCCUGGAGGGCCUGGUGAGCUCGUCCUACCCGCUGCCGGUGAAGCGGGUGAUCGUGCGGAAGGUGGUGGAGUCGGCCGAGCACUGGCAGGAUGAGGCGCAGUGCCAGGCCAUGUUUGACCUGACCACCCGGCUCAUCUUGGAGGGCCAGGACCCCUUUCAGCGGCAGGUGGGGCACCAGGUGCUGGAGGCCUACGCACGGUACCACCGGCCCGAGUUCGAGUCCUUCUUCAACAAGACGCUCGUGUUGGGCCUUCUCCAGCAGGGCUACCAUUCGCUGGACAGGAAAGAUGUGGCCAUCCUGGACUACAUCCACAACGGCCUGAAGCUCAUCAUGAGCUGCCCCUCGGUGCUGGACCUCUUCGGCCUGCUGCAGGUGGAGGUGCUGCGGCUGGUGUGUGAGCGGCCCGAGCCGCCGCUGUGUGCCCGGCUCAGCGACCUCCUGAGCGACUUCGUGCAGUGCAUCCCCAAGGGGAAGUUGUCCAUCACCUUCUGUCAGCAGCUGGUUCGAACGAUAGGCCACUUCCAGUGCCAGUCCACCCAGGAGAAAGAGCUGCGGGAAUAUGUCGCCCAGGUGACCAAAGUGAGCAACUUGCUGCAGAACAUUUGGAAGGCCGAACCCUCCACCUUGCUGCCUUCCCUGCAGGAAAUUUUUGCAAGCAUCUCUUCCACGGAUGCAUCAUUUGAACCUUCUGUAGCAUUGGCAAGCCUUGUGCAGCAUAUUCCUCUUCAGAUGAUUACAGUUCUCAUCAAGAGCCUUACUACGGAUCCAAAUGUCAAAGAUGCAAGUAUGACCCAAGCUUUUUGCAGGAUGAUUGAUUGGCUGUCCUGGCCAUUGGCUCAGCAUGUGGAUACAUGGGUGAUUGCACUCUUGAAAGGACUGGCAGCAGUCCAAAAGUUUACUAUUUUGAUAGAUGUUACUUUACUGAAAAUAAAACUGGUUUUUAAUCGACUUCGGUUUCCUCUUGUGAGGCCUGGUGCUCUUGCAGUUCUUUCUCACAUGCUGCUUAGUUUUCAGCAUUCUCCAGAGGCAUUCCAUUUGAUUGUUCCUCAUGUGGUUAAUUUGGUUCACUCCCUCAGAAAUGAUGGUCUGCCUUCCAGUACAGCCUUCUUAGUACAGUUAACAGAAUUAAUACACUGUAUGAUGUAUCAUUACUCUGGAUUUCCAGAUCUCUACGAACCCAUUUUGGAAGCAAUAAAGGACUUACCUAAGCCCAGUGAGGAGAAGAUUAAAUUGAUUCUCAAUCAAAGUGCCUGGACUUCUCAAUCUGACGCUUUGGCAUCUUGCUUGUCUAGACUUUCUGGAAAAUCUGAAACUGGGAAAACUGGUCUUAUUAAUCUAGGAAAUACAUGUUACAUGAACAGUGUUAUACAAGCAUUGUUUAUGGCCACAGAUUUCAGGAGACAAGUAUUAUCUUUAAAUCUAAAUGGGUGCAAUUCAUUAAUGAAAAAAUUACAGCAUCUUUUUGCCUUUUUGGCUCAUACACAGAGAGAAGCAUAUGCACCUCGGAUAUUCUUUGAAGCUUCCAGACCUCCAUGGUUUACCCCCAGAUCACAGCAAGACUGUUCUGAAUACCUCAGGUUUCUGCUAGACAGGCUCCAUGAAGAAGAAAAAAUCUUGAAAGUUCAGUCCUCACACAAGCCUUCUGAAAGUCUGGGAUGCAUUGAAACUUCUUCUCAGGAAGUAGCCAGUAAGGCAGCUGUACUGACAGAGACCCCUUACACAAGUGAUGGUGAGAAGACUUUGAUAGAAAAAAUGUUUGGAGGAAAACUACGAACUCACAUAUGUUGUUUGAACUGCAGGAGUACCUCACAAAAAGUGGAAGCCUUUACUGAUCUCUCCCUCGCCUUCUGUCCUUCCUCUUCCAUGGACAGCUUGUCUUUCCAAGAUCCAGCAUCAUCGCUCAGUAUACCGGAUGGUGGUCUACUGCAAGCCUGUCCUGGUCCUUCAGAAGAACCAGGAAUUUAUAAUCCAGCAGCAGCUACCUUUGUCUAUGAUUCAGUUAUGAAUGAAAGAAUGGCAGGCCGCCCUCCUGAUGAAUUUUGCUGUACUGAAAAUACUUCUGUCCCUAGUGAAUCUAAUAAGAUUUUUGCUAAUAAAGAUGUACCUCAGAAGCCAGGAGGUGAAGCCACACCUUCAGUAACUGACUUACUAAAUUAUUUUUUGGCUCCAGAGAUUCUUACUGGAGACAACCAGUAUUAUUGUGAAAACUGUGCCUCUUUGCAGAAUGCCGAGAAAACUAUGCAAAUCACGGAGGAACCCGAAUACCUUAUUCUUACUCUCCUGAGAUUUUCAUAUGAUCAGAAGUAUCACGUGAGAAGAAAAAUUUUAGACAAUGUGUCACUGCCACUGGUUUUGGAGUUGCCAGUUAAAAGAACUACUACUUUUUCUUCAUUGUCAGAAAGUUGGUCUAUAGAUGUUGACUUCACUGAUAUUAGUGAAAACCUAGCUAAAAAAUUAAAGCCUUCUGGGACUGAAGAAGCUUGCUGUCCCAUUUUGGUGCCCUAUCUAUUAAGUUCUGUUGUCGUUCACUCUGGUAUAUCCUCUGAAAGUGGGCAUUACUACUCCUAUGCCAGAAACAUCACAGGUACAGAGUCCUCAUACCAGAUGUGCCACCAGUCUGAAAGUCUGGCAUUAGCUUCCUCCCAGAGUCAUUUACUAGCAAGAGAUAGUCCUAGUGCAGUUAUGGAACAGGAUUUAGAAAAUAAGGAAAUGUCAAAAGAAUGGUUUUUAUUUAAUGACAGCAGAGUGACAUUUACUUCAUUUCAGUCAGUCCAAAAAAUUACGAGUAGAUUUCCAAAGGACACAGCUUAUGUGCUUUUGUAUAGAAAACAGAGCAGCACUAAUGGUUUGAGUGGUAAUAAUUCAACCAGUGGACUCUGGGUAAAUGGAGACCCACCUCUACAGAAAGAACUUAUGGAUGCUAUAACAAAAGACAAUAAACUAUAUUUACAGGAACAAGAGUUGAAUGCUCGAGCCCGGGCCCUUCAAGCUGCCUCUGCCUCCUGUUCAUUUCGGCCAAAUGGAUUUGAUGACAAUGACCCACCAGGAAGCUGUGGACCAACUGGUGGAGGGGGUGGAGGAGGAUUUAAUACAGUCAGCAGACUCGUAUUUUGA